GCCGCAGCGCCUUCCUCCAAAAACUGCGCGGAAGAAAACAAACGCGAACUGGGACCGAAUGACAUCCAGGACAGGAGAAACUGGGGGUUGAGCUGGUUUAAUGGGACUCUGUGGUGCGGAGACUGCGGCUGUAGGUUGGCGGAGCAGCAAACUGGACGACUGGUGACUGAAACAACCAGGAACGGACCGAAACAAACCGCAAAGUUAGCUAACAUCAACUAAGCUAACAACUGUACAUCCAAGUUGCCGCGUUUUGGAUGAAAAGCAUAAAUAACUUUCACUGAGCACCACAAUGGACUGCAGCCCUGCUGAAGUGACAGACAGAGUGGUACAGGAGUCUACAGGGAAUAACAGCUCCAGCUCUGAGGAUGAUUUCAUCCCUUUGUCAAAGCUCCUGAUGAAACAACCCGAGGGGAAGAAGUCACGUGACAACAGCCACAGCUUAACCUCCAACUCCAAUGCUAAUUCAACAAAGGGCAAAACUUUGGAUGACUCCUCAGACGAUGAGCCGCUGAUAAAAAAGAAAACCACCUCUGCACCACCCAAGAAAGUAGAGAAAAAGGAAAACACUCCACCCAGAUCUAAUGGCACAAAUAACAAGAGCACAGAUGGUGAUUCAGAUAACGAACCUCUGAUUAAAAAAAUCUCCUCCAAAGCUGAAAAGAAACUGCCAAAAGAAUCAGAUGAUGUGAAGAAGACAGAUGUGAACACGGACGACGACUCGGACAACGAGCCUCUGAUUAAAAAAGUCUCCUCGAAAGCCGCAAAGAAACCUUUCUCAGUGCCACCAAAAAAAUCAGCUGACAGGAAGAAGAAAGAUUUGAACACAGAUGAUGACUCCGAUAAUGAACCUCUGGUCAAAAAAAUCUCCUCCAAACCCGCAAAGAAGUCUGUCUCAGUGCCACCAAAAAAAUCUGUUGAUAGGAAGAAGACAGAGGAUGACUCUGACAACGAACCUCUGAUAAAAAAAGGAGCUUCCAAAGCUGCAAACAAGCCGCCAAAAGAAUCUGCUGAUAUGAAGAAGACAGAUUCGAACACAGAUGAAGAUUCUGACAACGAGCCGCUGAUUAAAAAGGCCAAAGUCUCCUCCAGACCUGCAAAGAAACCUCCCUCAGAAAAACCUGCUGAGAGGAAGAAGACAGAUACAAACACAGAUGAAGAUUCUGACGACGAAGCUCUGAUUAAAAAGGCCAAAGUCUCCUCCAGACCUGCAAAGAAACCUCCCUCAAAAAAACCUGCUAACAGGAAGAAGACAGAGUCACCGGAUGAGGACGACAGUUCUGAUGAUGAACCUCUGAGUGAAAUUGCCAAGAGACUUCCCCGUAAGAGAAAAGCAUCCGUUUUGCCAGCGAGCCCAGUUAUUAAAUCCAAAAGGACUGCAGCGAGGAAAAAAGUUAAAUACGCCGACACUUCCAGCGACAGCUCAGACGAUGAACCGCUGGUGGCUGUAAAGAGGAGGAAUGAAAAUAAGAAAGCGUUAACGAAACGUAAAGACAGAUCACGAAAAGAGUCUUCAUGCUCAGGCAGCAGCUCAGAUGAUGAUGAUGUUCCUCUGGUGAACCUCAUCUCAAAGAAAAGGAAACCAGUGAAGAAAAACACAAAAAGGAACACUGUAUCCCAAAGGAGUGCAUCAAAAAAGAGACAAGAACUCAGCGAUGAAAGCUCGGACGACGAACCUUUGAUUAAUCUGGCGAAAAAAACACAAAGAAAAACAAAAGCCAAGGCUUCGACUCCGAGGAAGAGGAAGGCGGCUUCUAAAAAGUCAGCAAAGAUGUCAGUGACAGAUUCAUCAAGCAGCAGUUCAGAUGAUGAGCCUUUAAUCGAGACCCACCCACCACACCCCCAAGUGACCAAAAUCCUCAAAGUCCUGCUAGAGAGGUGUGAUUAUGAAGACGCUGGAGCAACUGGGAGCCUGAAGGAACCCAGAACAGAGGAAACACCGGCUGCCGAAAAGCUCACGAAGGAAGACUCUGAGGGUUCGAAGGAAUCAUCAGAAGAAGAAAAAGUGGAAGAAACAAGCUCCUCCAUCUAAAAAUCACUUAGUGUUCAUAGGAACGUCAUCAAUGUUGUGUUUUAUACACGUUUAUUUAAAGUGUUCACGUUUUUACUCCAGCUUUUGCGUUUGGGACCAUAUUGUGCAGGUUUUUUAUAGGAUUUUAUCCACCUUGUUUGAUAUUUAUACUCUUAAUGUGUCUGUUGUUUGCAUUGGCUUGUUCCUCUGGUUUUAUGUUUUUUAUUUAAAGAAAGUUAACUAAGUUAACAUUCACUGCUGUAACGUCACAUUUCUGCUUUCAUGGUAAAAACACUCAGCAUGCAGCAGCGACAAUCUGUUGUGUUGGAUUUAACUGCUUUCACUAAGAAAUUCAAAUGAGUUCUUCUUUAUCUGUGUCAAAUGUUUUUAAUUCAAUAGGACUGUAAGUUGACGAUAGAAUACAUAGGACAAACUACACGGCGGUUUUUGUAAUUGGUAACGUAAUUGAUUGGAUUAAUAAAAAAUGUAAUCUAAUCUGA